CCCUUUUGCCCUGAACAAAGAUGGGCCCGGGCGACUUGCGUCUCUCGGUCACGUGACCGGCGCCACCACCGGUGCGGGUAUUCUGCACGGUAUACCCCCCCUAAUCUACCGGAAGGGAAGCGUGCUGCAGCCGGAGGGCCUCGGCUCCUGGGCGCACUGUACCCGGUGUGUGCAGGACGGGGGAUGCCCUCAUGUCGCAGGCGGCGGUGGUGGUGCAGGGCGGGAAGGAGAAGAAGGUGGGGAAGAAGCUGUUCUGGCGGCGGGGGGGAUUUGUCAGCCGCUUCCUGCGGACUCUCAGCACCUUAUCCCACCUGAGCAGCGAGCAGGAGGCCGAGACCCCCAACCGGGACAAAGCAUCCCCCUGCCGAGAGCCUCAACCCGACCCCCCCAGUGAUGGCAGCUCGUCCAUCGCCCUCACUGCCCCGGCCAGUCCCCGAACCCCCGGCCUGUCCGGCCUCAAGAAUCACGGCAAUACCUGCUUCAUGAACGCCGUGCUGCAGUGCCUCAGCAACACCGACCUGUUCGCCGAGUUCCUGGGCUUAGAGCAAUACAAUGAGGGCAGCCCGCUCCCCAGUCCCGGGACACUAGACCGAGGAGAGGUCACCGAACAGCUGGCCAAGCUACUGAGAUCCCUCUGGACCCUGGAGUACACCCCCCAACACAGCCGGGACUUCAAGACGAUUGUAUCCAGGAAUGCCCUUCAGUAUAGAGGCACCUCCCAGCACGAUGCCCAAGAGUUUCUGCUCUGGCUCCUGGAUAGAGUACAUGAAGACCUGAAUGCUUCCGGCAAGAACAUGCCUCGGCCACCAGUGGAGGAAGAUCUGGCAGGAGAUGGUCCUCCAUUCCCAACCAGCGGGACCUUCGUUCAGGAACUCUUUCAGGCUCAGUACAGGUCUUCCCUGACGUGCCCCCAUUGUCAGAAACAGAGUAACACUUUUGACCCUUUCCUCUGCAUUUCAUUGCCAAUCCCCUUGCCUCAUACACGGCCCCUUUAUGUGACCGUGGUCUAUCAGGGGAAAUGCUCACAUUGUAUGCGCAUUGGUGUUGCUGUACCUCUGUCUGGAAAUGUGGUGCGCCUACGGGAGGCCAUAUCAAUGGAGACCAAGAUACCAACAGACCAGAUAGUGAUAACCGAAAUGUAUUUUGAUGGCUUCCAUCGCUCCUUCUCUGACACAGAUGAUUUGGAUACGAUCCAUGAAAGCGACUGCAUAUUUGCCUUUGAAACUCCAGAAAUAUUCCCAUCUGAAGGAAUUCUAGGCCAGAGAGGGAUCUGUGUGAACAAUAACCAGAAUUAUGUGAGGAAUGGGAUUGACCAUAACCGCUCUCCCCAUUAUUCUUCUGGCUCGGCGAGGCUUCCAGUGAACAGGUUUGGCAUUACUGACCGAAUAGUUAUCCUGGUCUGUAACAGAGCGUAUAGUGGACAACAUGGCAAGAGGUUUGGGCAACCAUUUGUUUUGCAUCUGGAGAGGAAUGUCACAUGGGAUGUUCUGCAGAAAGAGAUCUUGGAGAAAAUGCAGUACUCCUUACGUCCUUCAGUGUGUGUUCAGGUGUGUCCAUUUAGCCUUCGCGUGGUUACCGCUGUUGGGAUAACAUACCUCUUACCUCAGGAAGAAAAACCUCUGUGUCACCCCACUGUUGAAAGGGCUCUGAAAUCUUGUGGUUUAGGUGGGGCCGCUCAUGUGAAGUUGGUGGUGGAAUGGGACAGAGAAACUAAGGAAUAUCUUUUUGGUAACACAGAAGAGGAGUAUGUCCCUGACUCGGAGAGUGUACGCCUGCAGCGGGAGAUUCAUCACCAGCCACAGUGCUGCAGCCUCUCCCAGUGUUUUCAGCUGUAUACCAAAGAGGAGCAGCUGGCUCCUGGCAAUGCCUGGCGCUGUCCUCACUGUAAACAGCUUCAACAGGGCAGCAUUAAACUCAGCCUGUGGACUCUGCCUGACGUUCUUAUUCUACAUUUAAAGAGAUUCCGACAGGAUGCAGAUCGAAGGGUGAAACUGCAGAAUAUGGUCCGCUUUCCUCUGAUGGGGUUAGAUAUGACCCCUCAUGUGGUGAAGCGCAGUCAGAGCUCUUGGAGCCUUCCAUCACAUUGGUCACCUUGGAGAAGACCCUAUGGCCUUGGCCGGGAUCCUGAGGACUUCAUAUAUGAUCUGUAUGCUGUCUGCAACCACCAUGGAACCAUGCAGGGUGGUCAUUAUACAGCUUACUGUAAAAACUCUGUGGAUGGCAUGUGGUACUGCUUUGAUGACAGUGAAGUGCAGGCACUUGCAGAAGAUGAAGUGUGCAAGCCAGCGGCUUAUAUCCUUUUCUAUCAGCGACGAGCAGCAGUGCCAUCCUGGUCAGCAAACAGUUCUGUGGCAGGUUCCACAAGCUCAUCACUUUGUGAUCACUGGGUUUCCAGGCUCCCGGGGAGCAAACAACCCAGUAUUGCCUCUGCGGCAUCUUCUAGACGCACCUCUCUGGCAUCGCUGGCGGAGUCUGUGGAGCUGCCGGGGGAGAGAAGUGAAGAUGAUGGUGGCUUCUCCUCACGUCCAUUUGUAAGAAGUGUGCAGCGUCAAAGCUCCGGGCGGUCUUCAGUUACUAGUCCCCUGGUCUCCAAUGAGAAUGGGUUUAGACCAUCAUGGUCACUAGCAGCAAAACUGCAUCUGCGGGCAGCCACUUCCUGCCGCCACCCAUCAGAUUCCCCCAUACAUGGUUCUUCACUCGGUAAAAUCGGUGAGGCCGAUGACCAUGUGUCAACAUCUUGUUUUGGAAGCCUUCGGAAUCUGUCUGGCAGCUUCCAUGAUCACCUUGAAAAUGUGAAACGUGAGUAUCGGACGUCAACUCGGGCUCCCUUGGCAUUAGCAGAAGGUGGUGCACAGCCUGAACCAGUGGUGAAAAAAGCUGUACCAGCUGAGACGUCUGGAAAGAGUGCAGCUGAGCUAGUGGGCAGGAACCCACUACUGGAUCCUAUAGAUAAUAAUAACCAUAUCGCCUUUGUGGAUCAAAGCGAUUCUGUAAAUUCCUCCCCGGUAAAGGAGAGUUCACCACAAAUUGAGGAAGUACAUAGUAAUAAGCCCGUUGCCAGUAAAACAACCACGGAGCAGGGUAAAACGACACGAGCAACAGAGAAGGACUCUUCUACACCCACCUCAGUGGCAGCAAGCAGCAACGGAAAACCAACAACAAAAACAAAAAGAAGCGAAAAGUGUGAAGUUAAAACCCCCACACGUCGUUCAUCCACACAACUGCGGAAAGACUCUGGGAAACCACAGGAAGCUUCCACACCCUUGUGUCAACAGAGGCAAAGAACAUCGAGUUCCACCCCUAGCAACAUCUCCUCUCCGGCACAGAAGAAACCUGCCCCAACUUCUAAGAACUCCUCAGUGUCAAGCACAUCCAGCAAACAUCGAGCACCAGAAAAGACUCUCAGCAGGGAGGCAUCUAAGGUAAGCUUGGGCUCAGACAAGGCCUCUGCAGCAAAACCUAGCAGUAGCACUACCCGUGCUGCACAACCCAAGAGCAGCGAUUCUCCAGCAGACAAUCGAACAGUGCGUAGUUCCUCUAUGGCUAGCCUUCGCACUGCUCAAAGUACAGCUCGUUCUGGUCUAAAACGGGACAGCAAGUCGGAGGAGAAAGGGUUGAGCUUCUUUAAAUCUGCUCUAAGGCAAAAAGAAACCAGACGGUCAGCAGAUUUGGGAAAAACCAACAUACUCUCGAAGAAACCUACAACAACCAAGAGUUUAAGCCAGGAGAAAACUGACAACUUGCCAGCCUCACCAACCAAGGAGGUUGCCCCAAACCCAAAAAAGCAUUCUGUCUUACCUCAACACAAAGCCAAGUCUUCCCCAGAUGAAAAUCGAACCCAGUCGUCUCCUUGUACUAAAAAGACUUCUGAUAGAUACCUAAAAAAGUUCCCUUCUUCAACUAAGCCAUCGCCUAAAGCUCAGUGACCAAGGGUGCAGGGACAGCUGUAUGUCCUGACUGGAGGUGAAUGCAGGAGAGCUGUCCCUGCUUACAGCUGUUGUUCAGAAUGUAUGCACUUUUAACGUUUUUUGUUUUUAUUUUUUUAUUUUUUACUUUGUGGGGUCGAGGGGUCUCGUUCUUGAUUUUCACAGCUAUGCUUGCAGCAUGAGAGUUGACUUUUGUGUUAAGGAAUUCCUUUUUACUGGUGGUUGAGAUGAUUGCUCGGAAUGCUUCCUCAGCAAAUGAACUCUGUCCCCAGCCAGCCCUGCUAAAACCUGCCUGCUUGUUCUAACUCAAGGGAUUUUAGGGUGGGUGGGAUACUUUUCACUUCUGCCAAUCGAAUGCUGCUUUUUAUCUCUCCUCCUCCUUACCAAAGCCUGGCUAUGACUUCAGUACAGUGGAGCAUAGGAUAAGGGUUAGUUUACUUCUCAAGCGAAGGAUGACAAUACGUUUUUGUUCUUUGUCGUUUCCUAUGCACGUGCAAAGGGCAGCUCCAUAUUGUUUCUUUUUUCCUCAAGGCUACAAAGCUUAUUUCCUCUCAAUCACAGCCUCUAGCUCUCCUCCAUUCAUAUGCUCAUGUCAUGGCCAAAGUGGUCUGUAUGGCAAUGGUUGUACUGCAGAAUAAUAUUGGCUUUUGUUGGUCUACUAAAUUCACCUAUAGCCAUCUGUAAUUUAGUAAUGAAUAUCGCAAUAUCACAACCUUCCGCUAUUAUAUCCAUGUACAGAAGUUCAUCCAAAACCCUAAACAGUGUUUGAAAAGCAUUGUAUCCUUGCUCAGUUCCUAAUGCCAAUUACUUCUUUCCUCCAGCUAAAACCCAGUAUUCCUCCCAGGUGAUGGGUAACAUCAUCCCUUUUUAGUGUGUAACCUUCUCUCAUGUAAUCCAUACAGCCUAAUUCGCAUGCUCCUUUUUAUUAUAAUUUUUUUUAUACAACCUGGUAACUCCAAAAGACCGUAAGAGUUGAAUAUCUACAGCGGCUCCCUUGUACAAGAAAGUCCUAGGCUUUAAUGAGCUCCACAUCUGCUUUAUAAACCUUUAAUAGUAGCUGUCUCGUAAGACUGAUGGCUGCUGUAAAACGGCAGCCUGAGUUUGAAAUAUGUGCUUUAUUUCUGUGUACAGGCAAAAAUUAACGUUUGGCAUAUAGUCAACGUUGUUUAAUUUGCUGGGACAUUAUAACUUUUAAUGGGUGGAUUAAGUCAAUAAUCCUUGCGGUCUGUCCCCCGCACCACCCAAGUGUUUAGCGUUUUUAGUGCUGUAUUUCCUCCCAAGUCAUGUUUGACACCAGUAAAGAGAUCUGUUAAGGAACUGAAAGAUGGCUUUACCGAAAUGUGAUAGGUCCGACGAGCCACAAAAACCUAAACCAUAAAGACUGAGCCUGUUAACCUUGCCAUAUACACAAAUAUUUUUAAUGCUGGAGAGAUCUUUGCAUUGUUUCUGUUAGUCCAUAGGUUGACAAACCCGUGAUAUCAAGUGCAUGGGAUACUGUUAGCCGAGCGCUUAAUGUGUAUUGGAAAUGCCUGUUUGAGGGAAUGUGUACGCCCUACUUAUUUCAUUACUGUGGGGUGAUUAGAACAUGCAGGGUGCUCAUUGUUGGCAACUGAUUGUUUUGUAGACCAGUUUCUAUUCAUCACAGGUGGGAAUACAUAUUGUCAUUAGGACCUUUGUGGAAAUGUACAGAUCUUGUACCUCCCGUUUAGAUUAAUGGGGUGCGGUUCACAACAGCCAGUUGCUGCCAUUGCAAAGCUUUUUGCAGACUGCAACCUUGCAAACUAUCCCAAAGUACAGCCAUGAUGUACAAAAUCUCUGCUGUUGUAAAUUCUGUUCAGCAAUCUGUUGCAUGUUAUACGGCACCAGUAAGUAUUUUAUCUAAACUUUCACAUCUAAAACAAAUGCUGAACAAACCUGCCUAGCUUUAACAUGUACAAACGCAACUUGCAAAAUAGAAGAAAUGCAAAAUUGUAAUUGAGUCUCCAUUGCAACAAAAGCAUCAGAGGGCAACCGUGCUACUCGGCUCUUAUGUAAACUUUCCUCACCACGUGCAUGCAAUUAACAUGGAAAACAUUGUGUAUGAUCAUACGUUUAAUGGGAAACUAUAGUCUGUGAUCAGGAAGUUCAAGUCUAUAAUAUAACAUUUACCUGACAUUUCUGGUAUGACUUUCACAUUUUUA